UUUUUUUUUCCCUCCCUCGUGGCCCCGGGUCCCCUCUUUUCCUGGUCGGGGAGGGGCGGGACGAGGCGGGGCGACUCCUGCUCCCUGCGGGAAGGGUUGGCUGGAGUCACCCUUGGAGAGACUAUUUCAUUCCAGCAUCCCCGGGCGAGAGCGCAGGACGCACAGAGGCUACCAUCAUCUCCGCCGAGGCUACCAUCUCCGCCCAGCCAGGACCGGGCGAUGUGAAGGGAUUUCCUCCCACGUAUUUCUCCCUGGGUCCCUCCGAAGUCCACACAACCGAAGACGGGGUUAUGAAGUCGAUCCUAGAUGGCCUCGCCGAUACAACCUUCCGAACCAUCACCACGGAUCUGCUCUACGUGGGCGCCAAUGAUAUUCAGUACGAAGACCUCAAAGGUGACAUGGCGUCCAAGCUAGGGUACUUCCCCCAGAAAUUCCCCCUGACCUCUUCCAGGGGGAAUCCCUUCCAGGAAAAGAUGACGGCGGGCAACGACCCCCUGGUAGCCCCAUUGGACCCGAUCAACAUCACAGAGUUCUACAAUAACAAGUCACUGUCCUCCUACAAGGGCAACGAGGAGAACAUACAGUGUGGGGAAAACUUCAUGGACAUGGAGUGCUUUAUGAUUCUCAACCCCAGCCAACAGCUGGCCAUCGCCGUGCUCUCCCUCACGCUGGGCACGUUCACAGUCCUGGAGAACCUGCUGGUGUUGUGCGUCAUCUUGCACUCCCGCAGCCUCCGCUGCCGGCCCUCGUACCACUUCAUUGGCAGCUUGGCCGUGGCCGACCUCCUGGGCAGCGUCAUUUUCGUCUACAGCUUCGUUGACUUCCACGUGUUCCACCGGAAAGACAGUCCCAACGUUUUCCUCUUCAAGCUGGGCGGGGUGACAGCCUCCUUCACUGCCUCGGUGGGCAGCCUUUUCCUCACGGCGAUAGACAGGUACAUUUCCAUCCACAGGCCGCUGGCGUACAAGAGGAUCGUCACCCGGCCCAAGGCGGUGGUGGCAUUUUGCGUGAUGUGGACCAUCGCCAUCGUCAUAGCGGUCCUUCCACUCCUGGGGUGGAACUGCAAGAAGCUCGAAUCUGUUUGCUCAGACAUUUUCCCUCUCAUCGACGAGACCUACCUGAUGUUCUGGAUCGGGGUGACCAGCGUGCUCCUGUUGUUCAUCGUGUACGCAUACAUGUAUAUCCUGUGGAAGGCUCACAGUCACGCGGUCAGGAUGAUUCAGAGGGGCACGCAGAAGAGCAUAAUCAUCCACACUUCGGAGGACGGCAAAGUGCAGGUCACCAGGCCCGACCAAACCCGCAUGGACAUCAGGCUGGCCAAAACCCUGGUCCUCAUCCUGGUGGUCCUGAUCAUCUGCUGGGGCCCGCUCCUCGCCAUCAUGGUCUACGACGUCUUUGGGAAAAUGAACAAGCUCAUAAAGACCGUGUUUGCCUUCUGCAGUAUGCUCUGCUUGCUGAACUCCACCGUGAACCCCAUCAUCUACGCUCUGAGGAGCAAGGACCUUCGGCAUGCUUUCCGGAGCAUGUUCCCCAGCUGCGAGGGAACGACGCCCCAGCCGCUGGAUAACAGCAUGGAGUCCGAUUGCCAGCACAAACACGCAAACAGCACGGGCAACGUCCACCGGGCCGCGGAGAGCUGCAUCAAGAGCACAGUUAAGAUUGCCAAAGUGACCAUGUCUGUGUCCACGGACACUUCUGCCGAGGCUUUGUGAGCCUAAGACUGCUCGUCCGCGCUGUGAGGAAAGAGAUCAGUUCCAAACAAACAAAAACAGCGAGACUUACAGGAGUCUGUCCUCUCACUGGUUAGAUUGUUAGGUUUUUCCAUACUCAGCUACACCCUUAUGGUCCCAGGUCUCAUUCCAUCCAUCAGUUCUCCCGCAUUUUCAAUGGUCAGGCAUGCCGACACGUACUUUUCCCGAAGGUUCUCAUUGAGGAAAGCUGGUUCGUGGACUUCAGCAAGAAUAAAUCAUUGAAUGAUCCAUCACCUGAUGUCACGCACAAAAAAUAUAUUUUCCUUCAAAAAUUACAGAAAAAAAGCCUUUGCAGUCAGAUUCAAAACUUAAGCAUCCUUCUAUAACUCCAUCAAAAUAAGUAAAAACCUGUAAGCCUAAUUUUCGUUAUAAUGUGAAAUGUAUUAAAUGUCUAUAAGUAACAGAGGUUUCCAUUUCUUUUCCAAUGCUAUAGUUCUGAGUUAGAAAUCUUUUGCAAAUGUGUCGUGUCCUGUGAGAUGUGUAUCCGUGUUUAUUACGUGUUACCUAUAUUUGUCUAAUUAAGCAAAGUGGAAAGGUUGAAUUCUAGGGAAACAGAGCAAAAAGGGCAGUGUAGAAAUUUCAGUGGAAACACUUCCCUGAAGACACCCACGAUUUAACUUUAGAAACCUUACACUCUACUCUCCUCGUUGAUUUCUACUACUAAAUUCAUUUGAUAUUUGAGAUUUCCAUGAAUCUUAAUUUCUAUAUUAACAGAACACAAAAAUAACCACAGGGAACUUCAGAACAUCCGUGGGAAAUGAAAGAGCCCACAGUUGAGAUUGUAAGAAUAAUUAGCACUGUAUUUUUCACAAGAAUGUUUCUUGUCUUCUGGACUAUGACUGAUUUAACGGGUAAAGUAUGGAUGGGACAGGAAGAGAAAAUGAGUAUUUACUUCAUCAAGUGGCAACUGAAAUUUUCAAGCCUUUUGCUAACACUGGACCUCUGAAGACAGCAUGUGUCAAUCACAAUGUAUAAUCUUAUCACUGUGCAGUUGGUGUAUACUUGAAGAGUAUUGCAUUCUUUUAUCCCAGGUCCGAGUAGAUCCUUUUAUACCUGGGAUCUAAUGAGUCUUUAUUUAAAAUAAAUAAAUAAAUAAAUGAAAAGUAUUGUCUGGGUUAGAAAAGUGUACUGUGUGUGAGUGUGUAUACAAAUGUGUGUGUGUGUGUGUGUGUGUGUAUGUGUGUGUACAUGUUCUGUAAAUAAAUGUGGGUCUGAGUAAUGUUACAUCGGUAGGAAACUGUGACCAGGUGUAAACCGUACUUCUCGCGCACUUUGCACAUGAAUUCAGUUUCUAAAAUUGAGUUCUUCCAACCUAUUGAUGAUGUCAAUACCAACUUCAGAUAUUCAGAAAACACUUGUUAGCUCAUCUUGAGAAGAACUCAAGCCUAACAAGAAUGAUAUCCUUUUAGUAUUGAUUGCAGAUGAUUAGAAAGAAAUAAUGGGUGAAAAAUAUUCAAUUGGACAUCCUUACAGUCCUAAAGUUUGUAAAGGCUAGAAUUGGUUUUUGAUUUUUUAAAAGAGCUCCAAAAACUCUAGGUAAAUCUAGGGAGCUGACAUAUUUUAAAAAGGUAAAAAUUGCAGAAUAAUCAUGAAAUAUUGAAAAGACAAAAAAAUGGCAUCUAUAGCCAGUGUGAUACCAGUUCACCGAGGCACUAUGGAAACCUUAAGCCUCCUAAAGAGUUAAGUCAUGCUGAGUCUGAAGUCUAUGACCUGUGCUUAACACUGGAAUAAUUUGAAUUUUGCUUCAAACACUACUGAAAUCCCACCCAUUUUCCACCUCCGCUAUGCUCUGUAGAUCUGGGUUCAAGGGGCUGGAUUGACUGAUUUUCUGCUGGAAGAAGUGAUGAUUGACAGAUGAAAUUCUUGAGAAUUGGGCCAGAUUUUUAGAAAUCCCAUCCUUAAGACCUGAAUCAUUCUGGUUGGCGGUCUGCACAGAUCAGGACAACAGACAUUGUGUUGUUAAAUUUUGUCUGGAGGUGGCUGGGAGGGGGAAAAAAAUCAUACUCUGGAGUGAACAAAAGUCUUUAUAAGAUCCAUUUUUGAAACUGUCUUCUUGUGAAUGCAAUGCAAAUUUUAUAGAUUGUUGUUGUGCAUUCAAAAUCUAAAUUGUUUGUAAUAAAUCAAGGGACAAUGGGGCUGUCAGCACUAAACUUGGUGCUUAUUGAUAUAAUAUGAAGUUGCAUCCUGUGAAAUAUCACUGCCAUUUACAUACAUGAGUUUAAGAUCAGUUCUGCAGAUCAUUUGUCAUAUUUUUAAUACUGCUUACUAACUAGCGACUGUAACUCUCCCCAGUGAAAGAAAAUACUUAGAAUUAGGAUUUGUUUACCAAUCUGGAUAAAGUAUCCAGAUUCCCUGGGUUUAAACAGACCUGCAAUUUGAGUUUCUUUCAAAAGUCCAAAUUUUAAUGGACUUACUUCUCCUUAGUGAAAGCUCAGCACCCCACAUUUAGGGGGGCCAUUCAUCUAGUUUUACACAGGACAAUCUGGUUUUCAGUUGAUCUGCCCUCGCCUGAAUACACGGAGAGGUGAAGGAUAAUUGAGGAAGGGGUGUCUGGUAUUCUUGAAAGUGUCCAGUGUCCAGUAUACCCACAUCUAGUCUUUCUAAAGCUUGCCACCAUGGCCAUGCCUUCAUAAAGGGCUGAAGAACCACCUGACUUUGUGUUGUCAGGGAGCUGAUCCAGGUAAAGACUCCAUCAGCCUUUGUCUAUACAGCCACAAUUCACCAGAUGGUUUAGGCAGGAAAUUAUCCAUAGAAUGGAUGGAAACAUCAGUUAUAGGUGGGAAAGUAUGGUGGGGUAGAAAGAGAGAGAGAGAGAGAGAGAGUAAGAGGGAGAGAGGGAAAGAGGGAGAUUGGCCUAAAUAAUCCAGAUUUACUGUCUACACUGUGGAAAUUCAUGGAGUAAAUGCCAACCCCUGUCUUUGGGUUGGGUAGGUCUGGCAUCAGAAACCAAUGAUUGCCCAUAGUUGGAUCAUCUCUGCAGGAUGUAGGAACCAAAGUCAGGUGAUAAUAUAGCCCAAAACCAAUAGCACCAUUGUGCUCAUCAACUUCAAGUGUUUUGUAUUUGUUCAAGAGACCAAUUACAUCAUGUGCAAAAUUAGAUUCUUAAAAAUCUAAUUGUAUAUUUGUAUAAUACUAAAAGAAAAAAAAAUCUCUUAGAUGCUGUGCAAUGGUUAUAAGAGUUUUCUCGCACUGGCCUCUGCUGAUGAAAUGUUGACAAUGCCUAUUGACAGACAAAACAUUUUAUCAACUAAUAUUGGUUUGAAUGUAUGUAAAUAAGUUUAAAACAUGUCUGAAGUAAAAACAGUGGCUAAAGAGAAAUGUUUUCCAGAUGGGACCGUUUGUUUAAGUUGCCGCAGCAUCUUAACUUCAGAGAAACUCCUUGUAUUGGGCCUUGGAGGGAGUAUGGUAAGGAGACCAGAUUAUCUGAACUUUUAUUUCCAAAACUACAAAGCGGAGAACACAACUCUUUAUUGUACGUAAAUCUAACAUUAUUACUUUCUCUUAGAAGAAUAUUGUACUGUUAGAUGUUUGUUCAGCUGAUAACAUCCCUGCAACCGCGGCAAUAUGUUUCUGUUAGUAAUCUGUAUAAUACUCUGUACACAAGUAUUGGUAAAAUUGUCAUUAACGUAGCUUCAAUCAUUCAACUACCUAGAGCAGAGUAGUACUCCUGUAAUAUUUACAAUGUAUUACGACCGUACUCUAUUUUAUUUCUAUAAUGUAAUUAAACUGUUAUUUAUUCAGAGAGAAAACUCUUCAUUCUGUGGUCUGAAAUUGAAAAUAACCUGGAAUCGAAUAAAACCCUACAUUUCCAAGGAGGGCA